AGCAGCCCACACUCCAGUAAUCCAGUAAUCCAGGCUGGAGGUCAGAAACAUCCCACACUUGCCGCUCCGAGCUUGUGAUCUAUCAAUCUGAAAAAAAAAAAAGCAUAGCUCUUUUUAAUCUUCCGGCUGGGAGAUACCGUCAAAAAUUGAAUCAUUAGCCUGCGCACGGCAUUGAAUGGAACGGGCACCUCCCUCGCCUCUGCUUGGCCCCCCACUCAUUCUUCAGGAGCAGCAGCUCGUUCACGAGACACUACAUAUAGGCAAGGCAUCAAAUAAUACUUUGCUUCGCAACAAAUCAGUUGCAUUCAUCUGCAAUCAUGCUAGAUCAGGUUGUGUCUAUGCACAACCACAGCAACAUGAGUCCCCGUGACAGGAGUGCCCAGGACAACACCGCCGAUAUACGCAGCUGGCUUGAGGCAGCCAUCCUCAGCGCCAAUGCCGGGCUCUCCGCGACCUCUCCAUCUGACCCCAAGGAAGUCGCGGGCAUGGAAAAGCGACCUAAUACCAGGGGUGAAGUGGGGGAACCGCCCAUGGCAACAGCAAGCUCAGAACGGAAGUCGAAGACCUCUUCCGUUGUGGGGGUUGAAUCGACCACUGCCAGCUACCAACGCAAACUGGCAACAGUCCGUCGUGUUGCCUCUGUCACCACCAUCAAAGACACCUAUCAACUCCUUGCUGUCGACGGUUGGAAGGUGUUGGCCAACGAACGGGAAGAAAAGAGAUUCGAGGCCGGAGAGUACGUCUUGUUCCUUGAACCUGACGCAUUUCUCCCCGCUCGCUCUAGAUCCGAAAACCUCUUCGCAAAGGUCGGAAACCCCAUCACCUUCGAGAGAGAGGUCGGGUACCGAGUUGGUACCUGGGCGAUUCGCGCGGGCGACAAGGAGGUCGUCUCGCAGGGACACGUUUUUCACCUUUCGGAUUUCCCCGACAUUGAUGCCAAGGUCGGCGACCUGCACUGGAGAAACAUGGAGAUGAGUGAGCAGGAGUUCACGGAUAUGAUCCGUGAGAUCGAUUUCUCGCGGGACUUGGGAGUGAGGAAAUGGGAGAGCUUCCCUGAAUCCGGGAGCCAUGCCAGUCCGGUAAUCGAGAGCCCGGCCUGUGGCACUCGCAAUUCGGACGCCGAAUAUUAUCAUACCGGUUUCGAGACAGAGGACGACAACGGUCGCAUUCAUAGGCACGCAAACGGCAAGACCAAGGCUCAGUCCGACGACGCCCAAAUUGCAAAAUAUAGCGACGGGUUUCCAACCUCGAACCCAAAGCCGCCGUCCUUCAUCAUCAAGGCCGACAUGGAGCGGGUCCAGAACUGCCCGAACCUCUUCAUCAAGCCCAAGUACAAGCGCUUUAUCUUCCAGGAGUCCGUCAAGCUGGACGGCGCCUCCAUGACCGUCUACUUUGUCCGGCACGACGCCGGCAUCGACCUGCCUCGGCUGCCCCCGCUGAAUCCCUCCAACGAGCACACCUUCCUCAAGUACGCAGUCCACCCGAACGGCCGUCUGGGGGUGUGCACGCGCACCCGGGAUCUGCUCCCUCACCUGCUGCCGUGCGAGACGGGAGCCAGGGAGGCACCGGCAGCGUCUUCGGCCUCGGCGCACACCCACUACUGGGCGACGGCCAUCGCCGCGGGCCUGCACCGGAUCCUGCCCUCUUUCGGCCGGAGCAUCGCCGUCCAGGCCGAGCUGGUCGGCGCCACGGUCCAGGGCAACCCCUACAACUACCCGCAGACGCCCGGCGGGCCCGAGCACGAGCUCUUCGUCUUCUCCAUCACCGACAUAUCGCCCUCCUCCUGGGCGGCGACCACGUCGUCGACGACGACCACGCCCUCGUCGACGCGCAUGCACCCGCGCAAGGUCGAGACGUUUUGCCGGCGGCACGGGCUGCCCCACGUGCCCGUGGCGGGCUACCACACGCUCCACUCGGUCGCGCGCGGGCACGAGACGCUGCUGGCGCGGGCCGAGCUCCGGCGCGGCGAGGGCCUCGUCUACAAGAACUGCGCCGACGGCCGCUGGUUCAAGGUCCUCUCGACCCGCUGGAUCCGCAUCAAGGGCGACGAGCGACACGCCCGGGAGCAGGCAGGCAACGGCAACGGCAACAACAGCAACGGCAACAAUAACAAAAAGAGGAAGAAGAACAGGAGAGCCGAUGCCGCCUCGGCGCUGGCGGACAAAGAGGGCAGCCGGCUUCCUCGCUGCUGGCUGGCGCCCCGCGAGGUGGUGGACGAGAUCCUGGACAUCCGUGACAACCUGGACGAGUGGGUCAAGAAAGAUGAGGGAGUGAGGAAGUGGGUCGAGUGGAUGAAUCGGGGCUGUCGUGGCGACUGGCCCGACGUCGGCAUGUUUGCAAAGGGUAGUAGUAGUGGUGGUGGUGGUGUUGGUGGUGAUAGUGGUCCAAAGGAGGAUGACGGGACUCAGGAAACGAACACGAACAGCGCCACCAAGGUGGAGGACGCCGGUUCGUGUUGUGGUCAGCCGGAGAUGGACGGGAAUCCCGCCGAGACAAACAUUAUCGACGAAGCAACGGCCUCCACCACCGCAGAACCAAAAAAGGAUGAGAACGCCCAGAAAGACGGCAAGGAUGGCCGCCAAACCGCCGGGUUUGGAGUCUCGGAGACGAAGCGCGACCAGCUGGUGAGCUGGCUCGGGGUUGAGGGGUUUGGCCUCUGAUCACUCCGGGACAAUUCGAUAGGAUGAAGUACUUUACGGGCGGCAUCUUUCAGGUUGUGGCACCUUUGCUGCUCAUCAUGGCUCCGCUGGUCAGAACUAUUAUCAACAUCCCUAGAAGGCAACGAAUUAAAGAUCAGGUGGACGAUCAUCAACUAGACUCGCCCGGAGAGUUCUUUUAGGGAGCUCAUCUUACUAUAGGUAUCUUCUCGGCACGCAAGCCAUAUGAAUGAUUAAU